GAGGGAAAGACGCCGGGUCGUAGCACACAGUUCACACACACGCGAGCGCAGCGAAACGGACACUCGCCGGCCGGCGACUUGGGGAAACAUGUCUGCUGAAAAAGAGGCGAUGUCGGGCGAGAAGGACAGGAUGUUGGACGAGAAGGACAAGAUGACGACGGAGCGCCUGGUUGCCUACCGGCGGAAGCGAUCCGAGCGGAAAAGGAAGAAGGCGACGGCGGCGGCGGCGGAGAAGCAGAGAAUCGCCGCCGAAGAGCGCCGGGCGCCGCGGCUGGUGGCGCCCGACGGCGGCUGGGGCUGGGUCGUCGUGCUCGGCGUCAGUGUCGUCAACCUGGCGACACGCUCCAUCGAGCCGUCCUUCGGGCUGCUGUUCGGCGACGAGCUGCGGGAGCUGGGCGUCGAGACGACCGGCGCCUCCGUCAUCAUGAGCGCCUACGACGCCACCAUCAACUUCUCCGGCCUGUUUGUGGGCCCGCUGAUCAAGAUCUACUCGUACCGCAAGGUGGCGCUCGUGGGCUGCGUGCUGAGCGCCGUGGGGCUCAUCCUGACCGCACCCGCCAACAGCAUGGCGCACAUCCUCGCCACCUACUCCAUCGUGGGAGGACUGGGCGUGGGCUUCGCGUGGUCGUCGACGUUCGUGUCGCUCAACUACUACUUCAGCAAGUACCGCGGGCAGGCGAUCGGGCUGUCAAUGGCGGGCACUGCGGUGGGCAUGAUGCUGAUGCCGCAGGCGGUGCAGCUGCUGCUGGCCGAGUUCCAGUUCCGCGGGGCCGUGCUGGUGCUGGGCGGCAUCGCGCUGCACUCGGUGGCCGGCGCCGCCCUGCUGCAGCCCGUGCGCUGGCACCUGCGGCCCGCCGCCCACCCGCCGCCCCUGGCGCUGCCGGCCGCCGCCGCCGCCGUCGACGUCGAGAAGGGCGCAGUGCCCACCGCCAUCGUCGUGACCAGGGUCCCGCAGGACAAGAAGAAGGAGGAGGUGCAGACGGCGCUGCUUUCGGCGCCCAAGAUCGAGGUGACGUCGGAGGCGGACGAGAAGCUGGCGCGUGCCGUGGCGGCGGUCGUGGCUGCCGGGGGCACGGUGAGGCCGCGCUCGCAGAUGCCGCGCAUCACCUCGCUCACCAACAUGGAGGCGGCGCGCAAGCGCAAGGCCUCCAUCAUCUCCAACAUCUCCAGCAUGGACUUCCACGGCAGCUCCCUGCACAUACACACGCCUCUUGAAAGUGAAGAUGAAGAUGAAGAUGAUUAUAUUACUUUUAAGCCCAAAGUUGAAACUCAAAAAAAUGAACAGAAUGAUAUAAACAAGAAUAUAAAGGAAGCAACAAAACCCAAAGUGAUCAAGGCAGCUAAGAAGAGAAGUUACUGGAGGAGAGUUAUAAAUUUUAUGGACUUAGAUCUUCUAAAAGAUCCAAUAUUCCUGAACAUUUUGUUUGGAUUGUCUAUAUUUUAUGUGGCUGAACUGAACUUCAAAAUGAUUGUGCCAUUUUUCCUUGCAAAUCUUGGAUAUUCCAAAUCAGAUACAGCAUUCUAUUUAUCAAUGACAGCUGUGGCAGAUAUAUUUGCACGUGUGGUUCUCCCACCAAUAUGUGACCGGAUUAAAGUACAGAGACGAAGUGUCUUUAUGAUUGCAACUGUUUUCCUUGGACUUGCAAGGUCUGCACUAGCAGAGCAAACAGAGUAUGCUCCUUUAAUGGUGGCACUAGUAAUGAAUGGAUUUCUGCGAGGGGCAGCUCUCAUCAACUUCAACUUGACUAUUUCAGAGUAUUGCAGCCUGGAGAAAUUACCAGCAGGUUUUGGUCUUCAUAUGGUUGGAAAAGGAAUAUUUAUUGUUGCUCUUGGUCCAGUUCUGGGUGUUAUUCGAGAUGCAACAGGAAGCUAUCCACUGUGUAUACAUGCACAAACAGUCUGUGUCUUCCUGUGCAUAAUUGCUUGGGGGAUUGAAUAUAUAGUUGUAUAUCUUCAUUCGAGAACCAAGAAAAAUGAAGAGCCUCAGGUAGCAGAAACGUAACAUAUGAAGGAAAUGUUGCACAAACCAAAAGAGCCUUAGUUGCUCUCAAUUUGCAAUAGUAAAAUAUUUCUCAAAUUGGCAAGGUUUAUUGAAAAUCUUGUGAGAAAUGUAGAUGAGAUGAAGAAAUCUGAUGGCAGGACAAUGUAUGUAAGAUUUAUUUGCAGUAGUGAAAGAUAUGAGGUCAGAUGAUGUUAUAAGAAAGAAAGCUGAAAAAGCACUGAGAAAAGCUUGACAGCAUUGGUCUAAAUGUGUUCCUACCAGACUGUAUAUCUUUCAGUAGGUGAAAAUGAUUUGUUUUAUUUAAAAUGUGUUAAAUGAGUUUACAUUUUAAUUCAUGAAUGUAAUUUGAGACAAGAGUGAUAUGUAUUUUAAAGUGGAAGUGAAUGGUUGGGCUAAGAUUUCUUGUGAGAUGAAUGACUUCCAUAAUGAUGAGAGGAUGAUAUUUCAGUAUUCCUUGAUGUAAUGAAAGUACAAUUACUGUGAAGACUGUUAUUAGGCAUUUUAAAGACAAUAGAGGUGAUUGUUUGUGGAAUUAUCUCAUACAAGAGAUGUCUUCAUGUGUUGAUGUGUUGUGAUAAUCCUAUGAGCUAUUAUGUUCAUAAUACUUGUUCAUUUUUACUUCUGCUGUUGUUUAUACAAAACUCAGUUAUAAUGAAACUGUAUGUACUCAGUUUUAACAUAAGAAGGUUGACUCCAGAAAAUUAUUUACGCCAAAAUCUACUUCCAGUUUCCAGAAUUUUGGUUUUAAUCAUUUUACUCCUCAACAGUGAAGCUUCUAUCAUAUGAUGGUUGAUUGCUUUGAGAAGUCAUAUUAUUAGCUUUUGAAACUGUUUAUGAACUCCAUGCCUGUCAUGGUGGCACUGAACAAAGUAACAGCUGUAUUUUUUACUCUAUAAUAAUGAAAAAUUUUAUGUACUUAUUUUUUUAUGCUCAACUCUCAGGAUUUAAGUGCAUUGUCACAAAACUUGUAUGAAUGUGUAACAUAAUUAAUUGUGUGAUAUAAGAGAUGUUAAGACCAAACUUUCACAGAUUUAACUACAGUUGCAAACUGUCAUGUUCCAUUUUAUGAACACUGUUAUAGCUCUUUUUAAUAAAUUAAACUGUUGCUAUUCUUGAGAAUGGUAUACAGGCACAAUUUACAUGUGGUGAACUGAAGACAUUGGUGAAGGAAGGAUGAUCAUUAUUGGAGUACUUAUAAAAAUAUUUUUCAAUGAAAUAUUUUUGUAAUCAUAUAUGCAACUGAUUGCAUUACGUUAAUGUUUUAUAAAAUGCAACAAAUAAAAUAAACUGGGUGUAAAAUGCAGGAUCAAAUACCUAAAAAUCUUAUUUAACAUUCCACACUUUGGUUCACAAGUAUAGCCUUUUUUGUUAAUGUGUUACUUAUAGCUGACAAGAAAAAAAUAACUGGUUAGUAAAA